AUCUGUUGUUUUUCUCUUUGUGAUACAGAUUCAGUUUUCUUAUAAUCUGGAAAUGCUGCUUGGAUUCCAUCUCACGGGGACUACUCUACUGAUAUGUUAUGUCCUGUUAAGUUAUGCUUCAGAACAUGAGAAGAGGAAAGGUAUAAUAAAUCAAAGCCUUUCCAAAAAUGCUGACGGUGCCAUUUCGGUGAUGAGAAAUGACGCAAAAGCAGACGACGGGAAACCCGGAGCUGUCGCCCGAAGGAGGAAGGUCAAAAAGGCAGGAAGUCGAAGAACAAAUGACACCCGCUGCACCAGACUGGGGGGCAUCUGCCAGCCGAACCGAUUCGUCUGCCAAGGUCGAUACCUGACAGACAAAUGUUCAGGGCCCAAAACGCAGCUCUGUUGUAUGCCAGUGGGAGCUUGGAGCGUCCUGUGCGCUGGCCACUACAACAGCAGAGUGAGGAGCUGCGACAUGCACGGCUGUGGAACUUUCAACUCCAGGGGAGGCCUAAAUAGGACAGUGGACUUGGUGUGUGCCGAUUACGCUGCAAUCAGCGCUUCAUUCUCAGGCUCUUUGGCCGGUCCAGUGAGUCAGAAAGAUGCAGCUGGUUUCCAGUACGAUGGUGUCAAACUCGUCAAUGAUGAGCACUGUGUAAAGAUCUUUAACAUUCGACCUUACCGUUACACUGGCAAGGUGUCUGUGGGGGAGCCAAUGGGUUACGUGCUGCCCUUGCAGGAGCACUUUGCCGGCAUCACCUCGCACCUGAAGCUCCAGAUGUGUGACGGCACUGACCCUUCACCCUUCAUCUGAAUGUCCGCGGUGACAUUUUUCCCUCAUGCAAUUUCCGAAUAUGUAUACAUACAGUAUAGAAUACAAGAGCAGCAUCAAAUAAACCACCUGUACAGUUUUUAAUUUUGAUUGACAUUGUCAGAGGGGUAGUUUUGUAGAUAAAUGUUUAUUGUUGUGGUUGAUGUUUGCCAAGCUUUCAAAUAACUAAAAUAAAAAAUAUUGAGAAAGAAUUACUUACUGUACAUGAUAAAACAAAAACUCUCAACGCAACGCUGUCCCAUAACAAUCUACAAUUAACAAUAGUACAUUAAAAGAACUGUCAGAUUUCUACCGAAGCUAAUUGACUGAUCAUUGUGAAAGCAGAAUAUUUGAUACAGCUCUUGUACCAAGUGUCAUUAAACUGUCUCUGCUAGUAGUUAAAAUGUUGUGGCCAGUAGUAC